GUUACGAGAUACAACAUGCUGAUGAACUUAAAGUCUUAGUAAGUUAGCUAAGAACAUCAUUUAAAUAUUAUUCUGGAAGCGAUUUUUGAUGUUGUGAUGCGACAAAGGUACUGGCCGAGCCUAAGAUAACUCAAUGUUUUGGAUUUCUCAUGCUGGACUUAGUUCCCUAAAGUUGCAUUUUUUUCAGAAAACUCAAGAACUUCGCUAUCUUUCUGACCAUUCCCUUCGUUUUCUCCAUGUGCAGGAUCUUGCGGAAAAAACUCGGAAUUAUCUUCCACACAAGGAGUUACUAGAAAUGGUCCAAAGCAAGCUUGAAGAACCAGUCGAUAAUGUAAGUGUAGAUUCCUUAAUUUCUCUGGAGGAACAGCUCGAGACUGCUCUAUCCGUAACUAGAGCUAAGAAGACAGAACUGAUGAUGGAGGAUGUGAAGUCCCUUCAAGAAACGGAGAGGCUGCUGAGAGAAGAGAACCAGUAUCUGGCUAGCCAGAUGUGGAAGAAGACGUUUCUGGUAACCCAAGGUGGGAGAGGAAUAUCACCCGAAAAUAGCUCCGGCAACAAAGUACCGGAGACUCUCCCGCUACUCAAGUAAUCACCAUCACAACCGGCUGAGUUUUCACCUUAAACUCAUACAAGGCUGAUUCAGAAGUUGAAAAAAGCAAAACAGUUUGUAAAUUAGACAAAGCUGCAUAAUCUCAAACCUUUUCUUUA